GAAAGAUUGGUGGCUGCUAAUAUAUAGAGUAGGAAAUUAGGAAGUCAUAUUUUCAAAGAAAUUUCACCUGUCAUAAUUUGCCACAUUAAUGCUCGAAGCUUGACUAGUAGAAGUGAUAUCAAGAGAGGUGAGAAGAAAAUAGAAGAAGAAUUUCAACAAGUUUUCUGGCGACCAUUUCAAUUAUCUUAAAGUUGAUAUUCUGAAUUCUUAAUGUUUCAUUUGCUGAAACUAUACAAGCAUAAUAUGUCCUAUCUUCCAUUAUUUUCCUGUCUGGUAUUUCUUUGUUUCUCUGCUAUGGUUCCCAUAUCCUUAUCCAAACAAAAGUUCCUCGCUAUUAAUUGCUCACACGAAACCUUUAAACACCACCUACCACGCUUGGAGUCCCAUGCUUUAAACACCACCUACCACGGUUACUCGACCGGGUUGUUUUCUGACAUCAUCACAGGUCCUGAAAUUGAUUCCAACACUACUUUGUACAGCCAAUUUUUCUGUCAGGGUGAUUACAGCAAUGAUGAAUGUAAAAACUGUGUGGAAAACGCAACAAGGCUUCUAUCGAUGAGAUGCCCAAUGUCGAUAUCAGCUCAUAUUUGGUACAAGGAUUGCAGUUUUCACUAUUCCAAUAUCAAUUUCUUUGGAAUCUAUAAUCAGUCAUCAAGUCCUAUAUGGUUCCUGAAGAGCAACAAAAGAGUGUUAGCUGGCGACACUGCAGUUCUAACUGCCUUUGUUGCGACUACCAUUUCAGAGUUAGCCAAACAGGUAGCAAUCAACAAUAAUACUGAUUACAUGGAUAAUAUUGAAGCAUCUUUUUUAGGAGGAGGAUCCAAGUAUUUUGGCACCAAGGUAAUUAACUUUACUACGCAUAGUUUUGGUAAUCGGAAGCAUGUAACUACUUUGUAUGAGAUGGUACAGUGCACACCGGACCUCUCCGUGGAAGACUGCAAUAAGUGCCUAACAUCCAUGAUAUCCCAACUUUCUAAGUGUUGUAACGGAAGGUUAGGUGGAAGAGUGGUUACUCAAAAUUGUUUUAUAAGAUAUGAUGCCUAUCCGUUUUACAAUAUCACUGCAGCUAUGAAGCCGAUGGAGGCCUCUCUGCCUUGUCUUUUCACAGCUUCUCCUAUGACAUCUAAUGCGGAAAAUCAUCCAUUAGGGAAGAUAUCUCUCAAGGUACUCAUCGCCAUCACAGUUCCUGCAGCCGUCUUACUAGGCCUAGCAACAUUUGGAAUUGGUCUCUGUGUUUGGAAAGCAAAGCACAAUAAUAACUAUUCAACCUUUCCAACAAGGGAUGAUGAUUUUGAUCCUGUUGAGUCCUUGUUAUUCAAUUUGGAUGAGCUUAAAGCUGCAACUCAGAACUUCUCUGAUGUUAACAAGAUAGGUCAUGGAGGAUUUGGUUGUGUAUACAAGGGAACCUUACAAGAUGGGCAAGAAAUCGCUGUCAAGAAGCUGUUCAGAAGCAGCAGCCAAGUUGAACAAGAAUUUAAGAAUGAAGUUGAAGUCUUGGCUAAACUUCAACAUAGGAAUUUGGUGAGACUACUUGGAUUUUGCUUGGGUGAAGGCGAAAAUAUGCUUGUUUUCGAGUACGUUCCAAACAAAAGCCUUGACAAAUUACUGUUCGGUACAGAAGAGCGAAAUCAAUUGAGUUGGUUGACGCGUUUUAGAAUUAUAGUAGGCAUUGCAAGAGGCCUCCUGUAUCUGCAUGAGGAGACUCGGCACAGUAUUGUACACCGCGAUCUUAAACCAGGCAAUAUUUUGCUAGAUGAGCAAAUGAACCCCAAAAUUGCAGAUUUUGGCAUGGCAAGAUUUUUUGGCCUAAAGCAAGCAGAAUUUGAGGGAGCGAUUAAAGCUAGGGGAACCCUGAAUUGUUCUGGGAUUGAUCCAACACAUCAGAGUACUCACAGAGGUGGUGGAACAAUCGGCUACAUGGCUCCGGAGAUGGCACAGAGAAGACAGUUUUCUGUAAAAACAGAUGUCUACAGCUACGGUGUGAUGAUCUUGGAGAUAAUUACUGGUAAAAGAAAUACGAGCUUCCACCGAUCAGGCUUAGCAGAGGACUUGCUUAGCUAUGCUUGGAUACAAUGGAAAGCCGGGACUCCCUUAGCAUUGAUUGAUGAGGCUUUAGUAUCAGAGAAUGGAAUUCCAAGUGAAGAAAUGAGAGAUCAAGCCUUAAUGUGCAUCCAUCUAGGCCUGUUGUGCAUUCAAAAGGACCCGAAAGUGAGACCGACAAUGCGAAUGGUAGUACAGGUUUUUUCUAAUUUCGAAGUAGAAUUUGAGAAAUGAGAAAGGGAUAUAUUGUAGAGGAAAAGCUAUUUACAAAUUUAAAAAGACGGUUAAUCUAGCAAAUUUGUAAAAAACUACAUUAUAAGAGUAUUUUUUUUUUUUUUGACAUCGAAUUUAGAAUAUAUAUUUAUUAUGGAUCAUAUAUAUUCAUAUUUAGGGGUCCAAAUUUUGAAUCUCCACAAGGCCUCCAAAAAGAUU